AUGGUCCGGGUCCUUUGCGGCUGGCAAGCUGGACGACUGGAAAGUGGGGGGCGACAACAGAAGCCCCAGCCGCUACUGGAAGGCGCUGCACCGCUGAGCUUCUUCACGGACACCAAGGCCGAGGUCACUCCGAAGUGGGCCCCCUGGGCUUUCGCUAAGGGCGAUCCGGGCAAGGUCAUUGCCGCGCCAGAGCUCCUGGCCACGCUGGUUGUUGGAGUCCAACUCUGGGUCCCGGAUGGGAACGCUAAGAAGACAUCUCGAGUUGGCAUACGAGGCUACACCGAUAGCCAGUCGAAUGAGGCGCUAUUGAGGAAGGCUAUGACCACCAAGUUCCCGUCGACGCUAAUCCUCAUGGAGCUAGCCGAGGAGCUAUCGGCCAAGAACUGUGAGCUCCAGCUGCAGUGGAUCCGGCGGGACUUGAUCCAGCUAGCAGACGACCUCACCAACGAGUCGACUCUUGACCAUGCGACCAGCUACUUUGAAGAGUUGGGCAUGGCUAAGAGGUCCCUGGUGACCCGACGGCUUCGCUGGAGAUUGGCUGGCCUGGACGGAGUUCCGGCUAGAGACCUUCUCCGGGGCAACAGGGCGGGGUCCUGGGGAGGUGGCGGGAUAGGGGGCUGGGUGGUGCCAUACGCCUUCAUAGGCUUAUCUUCCUUCGGAUUUGGUGGGAGCAACGCGCAUGUGCUGUUGGCCAACCCCAAAGAUGCCAGUCGCAAGACAGGCGCUGGUGCGUCUGGGCGAGGCCAAAGAGUUGCAAUGCUCUUCACGGGUCAGAGCAGAUUGAGGCCAGGCUUGGGCAGAGAGCUCUAUGCUGCCAAUACAGCCUUCCGAGCGGCGCUGGAUCGCUGUGCGACGCUAUGCUCAGAUCUGAAUGAAGGGCUUCUGGACAUCCUGUUCGGAGACGUGACCUCUGCAGAGACUUGUCGAACCUCCUUCACGGCGACGUUUUGCAUACAGUAUGCGCUAGUUGAAGCCUGGCGAUCAUGGGGCGUGCACCCGCACGCAGUUCUGGGACACAGCUUGGGUGAAUACGCGGCAGCAGUGGCCGCCGGCGUUUUGUCCUUGGAAGAUGGGAUUCGUGUCGUCAUGGCACGUGGGCGGCUGCUCGAUGAAAUGUGCGCCCCUGGCGAGGGCUCAAUGGCCGCUGUCUUUGCACCAACCCACGAGGUCAGGAGUGCCAUGGAGAAGAUUCAAAGUGCCCGCAGCCAGGGUUUGACAAUCGCCGCAAUGAAUGGCCCGAAUCAGACCGUUGUCUCUGGCCGUGCCAGCCUUGUGGAGGAUUUGUGUAGUCUCUUUCCAAGCAGAAGCCGGCGGCUCCCAUCGCUCCACGCGAUGCACUCGGAGCUGCUGGCGGCCGUGUUGCCAGGACUAGAAAAGGAGCUCCAGACUUGCGCCUUCUCCAGCCCCGCAGAAGGCGUAAUGUUCGUCUCCUGCCUAAGUGGAGCACGGGAAACUCUUGAAGUGGCAAAGCCAGCGUAUUGGUUGAGUCACGACACAGCGCGACCUGUGAAAUUUGACCUUGCGAUGAGAUCGCUGGCCGAACUGUCCUGCACUGUCUACCUGGAGAUCGGUCCGCGGCCUUUGUUGCUGCCAUUGGGGCAGAGCUGCAUUGGCCAGUCCAGCGCAGCGGCUUGGCUCCCUAGCCUGGAGCCAGACCGAUGCGAGACGGAGAGCAUGCUGUCGGCAUUGCGAUCUUUGAAGGGAACGUCCUUCAAACCACCCGACUUGCAACUGCAGCGGGUACCGUGGGUGAGACCUUGCUUGCACCCACUGCUGGGCUCUGCUCAGAUGGAGAAUGGCUCGGAGGUAUUCCGAUCCCGAAUAGCACUUUGGGACGACGAAGCCGCGACAGCCGCCCCGGUGAUCUGCUUAUUUCGCCAACAUCGCGUAUCUGGGCAGGCAGUGCUUCCCGCAGCUUCACAUUUGCUGCUGCUCUCGUCUGCCACGCUAGCCACGCAGUACCGAGGCAAUGUGGGGUCCUUCGCGCAAGAGAUGUUCGUGGAACUCAACGACACGGUUUUUGAAAGCGCCUUCGUGUUGUCAGCUUCGUCGCAAUCCUUUGCAGAAGUACAGAUCCUUCCUACAGGGGCCAAGUUGUCAAGUCGCAGCAGAGACGGCCACGCAUUACAUGCACAAUCCCGCAGCACGCGCGUGGUGGGAGGACCCGGAGCCCGUGGCAGCAUUCUUCAACACAGUUUGGUGGAAUGGAAGUCUAAAUGUCAAUCCCAACGCUCUGCACUUGAUGCAUACAGGACUUUGGAGAAGCUUGGGCUCGAGUACGGCCCGAGCUUCCGUGCCAUCUCCUCUUGGUCAACGAGCGGUGACGGUUUGCAUGUGCUGGGGCGGUUAUCUUUGAACCUGGAGACUUGGGACCGCUCCCUGGAUUUGCACCCUGGCAUCCUGGAUGGUGCUAUCCAACUGCUACUCUUAGCUUCGAGCUCAGACUCCCAUCAAUGCUUUCUGCCCUUCAGCAUUGACAACUGCGUCAUCGCGACGAGCUUGCCUUCUUGGGAUGUGUGGGUGACUGUAUUGGUUCGGACUAUAUCUACUGAAGCGGUGUCUGGUGAUGUGGAGAUUUCCACGGACGAUGGUGUGCUCAUUGCACGGCUAUGCCGCCUGACCUGCAGAGCGCGUCGGCAGCCAGAGCCGCCAGAAUCGAAGCAGCAGCAGCAGCAGCAGCCGCCGCAGCUUGAGCAGAUGUAUUGCGUUGCCUUCAUGGAGAUGGCAAGCCCCAGCCCUGACCUGCCAGAGAAGGAAAAUCCAGAGACUGCGAAUGUAAUCGUCUGGUGCUCCGAGCAGCGACAGGAUCAGCUCCUGGCCGCCUUGUCUUGGAAGGCAGACAUGUGUCAGUUUGCUCGUGACUCGACGAGGGCGUUAUCCCUGCUCGGCUCCGGAAAGUUUGGCUGCAUCGCAUUCCUAGCGGAGGAUGGUCAAUUGGAAGCACUUUACAGCGCUCUGCAAGUGCUGCAGACUGCAUCGAAGUCGAACACUAGCGUUGUCUUGGUCGCUCAAGCGGCUCAGCCACCCGAGCUCGACCAGAACAGUUUUGAUCCAACGCAUGCAGGCCUCUGGGGCUUGGCUCGGUCAGCGCGACUGGAGAUGCCAGAACAGAGUGUCAUUUGCCUGGACUUGCCAGCAGAUGGAGCGGACCUGACCUUGAUGCCUGUCAGCAGCUGGAGAGAGCAGGAGCUCUGUCUUCGAGAGAAGACUGCCUAUGCUGCAAGGUUGCAGAAGAACUCCUUCUUUCCGCGUUGGCCGCUGCAGCUGUCUCUUCCAAGCCGUGGCACCUUCGCUUCCCUGGUUCCCGUGCCACAGCAUUCAAAGACGGGCUUCCGUGUAGCAGCAGUGGGCUUGAACUUCAGAGAUGUGUUGAACGUUCUGGACUUGUAUCCUGGCGACCCAGGCGAUCCUGGCCUGGACUGCAGUGGCAUUGCGUUUGAUGAUGGCCCUGACGCAGUGGCCUUGCCUGGAACAAGGCUUUUCGGCAUCUCAUUUGGCUGCUUGCGAACCUUUGCGACCGUCAAGGAGCCGAGGCUGCUUGUUGAGCGUCCGGUCAGUUGGUCCCAUGUGGAAGCUGCCGCCCUGCCAACCGUUUUUACGACCGUCGACAUGGCUCUCUGUCACCUCGCCGGCCUCAAGGCUGGACAGCGCGUUCUCAUCCAUGCUGGGGCAGGUGGUGUUGGACUUACAGCUGUACAAUAUGCAUUGCGGCUUGGUGCCCUGGUUUACGCGACAGCCGGGAAGGAGGACAAGCGGAGCCUGCUUCUUCGAAUGGGUGUGACAUGUGUCGCAAGUUCGAGGGACGGCAGCAAGUUCGAGGAAGAACUGGCCAGAGCGCUCGCAAACGACAAUUCUGCAAAGAUCGAUGUUGUCCUGAACAGUCUCAGUCACGACAACUUCAUCGGGCGAUCCUUAGCUUUUGUAGGAGCAGGCGGCACAUUUAUAGAGAUUGGCAAACGCGGCAUUUGGACGAAAGACGAAAUGGAAAAGGCACGGCCAGAUGUUGAUUACAGAACUUUGGCCAUGGAUACUGUUUGCGAAGAAGAUCCAGCAAAGUUCCAAGAGCUGAUGAAGCGGCUUUCAGCAAGGAUGAUGGAUGGAUCCUGGGAUCCGAUACCCUCCAGAGUUUUUGAUGGCUUGGAGUCAUGCUGUGAAGCUCUACAAGUUCUUCGCAAAGCAGAUCACAUCGGGAAGAUCGUCGUCAAAGUACCAUCAAUCUUGCAAGUCCGGGAGGGAGCAACAUACCUGAUCACAGGCGGGACUGGCGCUUUAGGUCUGGCUUUGAGCCGUGCGCUGUUGGAAGAGGGAGUAGACGAUUUGGUCCUCCUCUCGCGAAGUGGCACUGCGCGAUCGAUGCCAGUCUGGCUUGCACGUUCAGCUGUCCGAGUGUCCUUCUGGGCGUGCGACCUCAGCGCGGCCGACGCCCACCAGGUUAUGUUGCAGAAGGAUGGAUGGAGCACCCUUGCCGGUGUGUUCCAUCUUGCAGGAAUAAUACAGGAUGGCUUGCUGGCACGGCUGGACAGGCAAGACUUGCAGGCUACCUUCGGUCCAAAAGUUCGUGGGCUGCAUUUGCUCCAGCAAGUGCUGAUGGAGACAAAUCGAUGGCAGCACUUGGACUUCGUGCUCGCAUUCUCGUCUACUGCCGCAAUCCUUGGCUCGGCCGGACAGGCGAACUACGCAGCCGCCAACGCAUGCUUGGAUGCCAUGAUGCACAAGUGGCGUUUAGCUGGACAGAGGACAUUGAGCUUGCAGUGGGGAGCAUGGCUAAACGUGGGAAUGGCACAGCCCCACAGCUUGCGGCACCUGUGUCAAAGGGGAAUUCCUCUUGAUGUGGGCCUGGCUGCCAUGGCAUCGGCAAUGGCGUUUUUGGGUGUCGAAAGUGCAGUCAGUUUUGCAAACAUGGACUGGGAGACCUUUCUGAAACCGGUGCAAGCUCGUGGAUACUUCACUUUCGUGGAUUCUUGUCGCGAUAUGCGAAGUAUUGAUGAUGUUGCACAGGAGGAUGCGAACCAGAAGAUGACAGGUAUCCCCCCGCCGUACCAGAAUACAUUGGACUGGGUUCUGGCAGUUCUGGCCGGCUUGAUCGGCGAGGUUGGUCCUGAAGACCCACUCACUGCAGCCGGCCUGGAUUCACUUUCGGCCGUGGAGUUCCGCCGAAAGCUCUCGACCGACAGUGGCAUCCCGCUACCGCAAACCCUGGCGUUUGACUAUCCAACUGCCCAGCAAGUUUCAGACUUUUUGGAAUGUCAAGGCUCUGCAGCACCCCAAGCUGGCUCCGUUCAUAUCCAGAAGAAGGUCUCUGUCUGUUCAGUGCAAGGCAAUUCAUGCCGCUUCCCGGGAGUGGAUGUUUCGACUGCUUCGACUUCACAAGCUUGGCAGAUCUUUUGCAAAGAGGUUGAUGCUGUCACGGAGGUCCCGCUACGACGCUUUGACAUCAACGAAUGCUUUGAUGCCAACAUGUCCGGCGCUGAGUUCGUGACAUAUGCUCGCCAUGCCAGUAUGCUGGAAGGGACCGAUCUCUUCGACCACCGGUUGUUUGGGAUUUCCAGCAACGAAGCGUCUGCGAUUGAUCCACAACAGCGAAACGCUUUGGAGGUUUCCUACGCUGCCUGCCACGAUGCUGGGCGGCUUCGCAAGUCCUUGGCAAAAGCAACAAUUGGUGUUUUCGUCGGGCAAUGUGCCAAUGACUGGGCGAAGACCUCCAGGGAGCGAAAGGCAGGCACUUUCAUGGGACCGGGCACACACGCGAGCAUUGCAGCAAACCGUCUCUCUUUCUGCCUUGGGCUGGAGGGAGUGAGCGUCGCAGUUGACACAGCUUGUUCGUCUACGCUGGUGGCUUUGGAUCUUGCAAUUCUGCGACUGCGUGCCGGGCUAGAAGCCGUCAUUUGCAGCGGCAGUCAGCUGAAUUUGAUUGUGGAGCCGUUCGUCGCGUUUAGCAAUGGAAGGCUCCUGUCCGCAAGUGGGCGGUGCAGAACCUUUGACGCUUCUGCAGAUGGUUUCGCACGAGGGGAAGGCUUCGGCUCUCUGUUCAUCGAGGAGAGAGAAGAGGAUCUCCAUGGUCAGGGCCACGGCGGCCACGGCACGCUGCUGGGUUCCAUGGCCAACCAGGAUGGAAGAAGCUCGUCUCUCACCGCGCCGAACGGACCGGCUCAGCAGCGGGUCAUCAACGCUGCCCUUGGGCUGUCAGGCCUGAUAGCCGCUGAGGUCUCAGCAGUUGAGUGUCAUGGCACCGGAACUGCCCUUGGAGAUCCCAUUGAGGUUGGUGGGCUGCGUGGAACUCUUGGUGAUGGCCGCUUGAACACGCUCUUCUUGAUGGCUGGAAAAACCAAUGUUGGCCACCUUGAGGGUGCUGCGGGAGCACUGGGUUUGCAAAAGUGUCUGGCAAUCGUGGCGCAGCUGGAGGUUCCGCCAAAUCUGCACCUCAGCUCACUCAACCCACACGUUGAGCUUGAGGACUUCAAUGCCAAACCUUCAACCACUCUGGAAAGGCUUUCUGGAAUGGUGAGUGCCAAUGUUGGCUUGUCGUCUUUUGGGUUCGGUGGUACAAACGCCCAUGCUCUGCUGCAGAGCUCCAGGCCACAAGUGCGAGAGCCUCCAGAGACACUUCCGGCUCUCAGCUUUCGACGAAUGCCUUUUCCCUGGGCCACGCCGGUGCCACGACUGCUGUCUCUCAAAAGGGGCGAAGGUUCAACAGUUAUUUUCGAGGUUCAGGUUGAUGCAGAACUGGUCGGUCUUUGCAGCCACAUGGUCUACGAUCAAACCUGUAUGUCAUCAGCGCUGCUUAUAGCCUUUGCCAUGGACGCCUGCCGGCACCAUGCAAAGCAGGCAGUUCAACUGAAGAACGUCCAAAUGGUUGCACCUUUAUUCCUUCCCUGCGAGUACGAUUGUCAGACCUGGCUGAGAUUGGCACUGGUGGAGCAGCAGUUUCAAGUGCUGAGCAAGCCACGGCUCAGCAGUGAUGCCUGGAUGGUCCAUUGCAGCGGCCGCUAUGCAACACAGGCGGCAUCACGCCCGUUGGCUGCAAGCUUGGGCGGGACUUUAAGCAUUCUUGGCUCUGCGGCAGCACGCCAAAGGCAGCCGGCAGCACGCAGUUCUGAGAGUUUCGAGGCCUUGUGCAGAAAUGCUGAACCGGUGGCAGAUGCUGCGCUGGAGGAGCUCAAAGCCAAGAUGGCAGAAGGGAUUCCUUCGCCCCUCGGCGCAUCGAUGGAGCUGCUGAGCGAUGUGCACAUCAAGAAGGGCGAACUGUGCGCUCGCCUGCGCUUGCCUCUCGACUUUGCAAAGUUCUCUGUCCAUCCAGCUUUCCUGCAAGCCAUCCACUGCGCAGUCCUCGGCCUAGGCUUCUUCCAAGAGAUGUCGGAAAGCUUGUCGCAGGACCUUGCCUCUGUCGUCUCGUGCUCUGUGUCGAACGUGGACAUUCCACAGGGGACAGAGCACUUCGUUCUUCAUGUGCGUCGCAGAGGAAGCAUGAUUUCCAAUCGCAGUCUCCCAGCAGCAGCCACGGUGGCUUUGGAUGGUGGGCCAACCCUGCUUGACAUGCAGGACAUUCACUUCCGGCCCCUCUCCAAGAAGCAAGUGGUCGCAGCCGCAUCCAUGCGGCAGACACGGCUUGAUAUACCCAGCAUCUUCGAGAUGAACUGGGUGAGCGGAUCAUCCCAAGGGAGGACAUUAGCUGAUGAAGGGGGCAUCUGGCUGAUGCUUUGCCCAGCUGAUCCACAGCUCGCCCGAGGACUUCAAGAAGCUUUCCAAAGCUUCAAGGUACAUGCAGGCGAGGGGCAUGUUUCAGAGAGCGAAAGCAGUGCCGAGGAGGCCGCGUCUUGCCCUGCAGAAGACACACCGGCCGAUGCGGCUUCGGAAUCAGCUUCGGAAUCAUCGGCUUCAGCACCCUCACAGCGGAGCAGGCAGGUUGUUUCUGCAUAG